ACGUUGUUGAACCUUUUAAACGUUCUUAUACUGCCUCAUGAUCCUGUAUGUCCAUCUUUUUUCUUUGCGCUUUUCCCGGACCUUCGCUAUACUACCAUCUGUCACACUCCUGUUCAACAACUAACCUGUACUUUAUUUAUCUGUGUCCCACGCCCAUUCUGAUCUCGACUUUCAAUAUUCGGUGACGUAGUGUCUCGAAGCUUGUCAUCAUGAGGGUUAUCAUCCGCGAUACAUCUCUGCAGGCUUCAGAGUACAUCGCUGACUAUAUCAUCAGUCGCAUCAAAACAUUUAAGCCUACCGUGAGCAAUCCAUUCGUUAUUGGCCUUCCAACUGGAAGCAGCCCUGAAGUCAUCUACAAAACCUUGGUCCGACGCCACAAAGCUGGGGAAAUCUCAUUCAAACAUGUUGUGACGUUCAAUAUGGAUGAAUACGUUGGGCUCCCCCGCGAUCAUCCUGAAUCAUACCAUAGCUUCAUGUACAAGCAUUUCUUCUCCCAUGUUGAUAUUCCGCCGCAGAAUAUUAACAUACUUGACGGCAAUGCCGCGGAUCUAGCCUCUGAGUGUGCUUCAUUCGAAGCACGCAUUGCUCGCUAUGGUGGCAUCGAGCUUUUCCUCGGCGGAGUGGGAUCUGAUGGGCACAUCGCAUUCAACGAACCAGGAUCAUCUCUCAAUAGCCGCACCCGCGUCAAGACAUUGGCUUUCGACACGAUACUAGCGAAUUCUCGAUUUUUUAACGACGACAUGGCCCAAGUGCCUCGAAUGGCGCUAACUGUGGGUAUUCGAACCAUCAUGGAGGCACGUGAGGUUGUGAUAGUGGCAACCGGCGCUCACAAAGCAUUGGCCAUCAAAGAAGGCCUUGAGGGUGGUGUGAACCACAUGUGGACCAUUUCGUCCCUUCAACUGCACCAACAUCCCUUGAUUGUAUGUGAUCGUGAUGCGACACUGGAGCUUAAAGUAAAGACCGUCUACUACUUCGAAUCUAUCGAGAAAUCCGGAACAGAUGCCCGCACUCAAGGACCUCCUCUCGUCUACCGACCUAGGACCUAUGUCCCGGCUCUAAUGGCGGUGGACAAGCCUCAAGCGCUUGCGCCUGCUCCCCCAUCAGAGCAAACGUCAAAAGACCUGAGGAUCAAUACGGAUCUCAGGCAGACUUUCGAAGACGAGGAGCUCACCCCAGAUAGCAUGUCUUCGCGUAUGGUAGACUCGGCUGUGGGCGGGUUAGACGCAACUCUGAAAAACGAUUUGAUAUUUGACCGUAUGAGUGAGAGAAUGAAGGCUCACUAGUAUGAUGGACGGACACUGGGGAGUUGGAUUUAUGCGUUAUUGACUUGCUGGAACGAGUUCAGAUUCUAAAUUGGCCUUCGUCUAAGAAACUUUGUCUUGAAUUUUGCAUACGAAUGUGACUAGACUUACGAUCAUAGAUUGACUGCAUAGUAUAGUAUUUUGGUUGCUACUCUGAGAAGUAGCUUAUAGAUUGGCAAAGGUGAAUAAGAUAUGUAUUUAUAUUCUCUGUUUGUGCUGUGAAGUAUGUUUUAUAUCUAUUUGUAGUUAUUAGUAUCAAGUGGG